AACGAACAAGUAAACACAAUGAGAGUUUCACCUUCAGUUUUUGCUAGAGCAUUCAAAUCAAUUAUUAAACCAGGUAAAGAGAAGGGUAAAUUUACCAAGGAUAUGAUUUUGGGAUUACCUUCUACUCCUAUUAUGUCUCCUUCUUAUCCGAGAGGACCAUACUUUUUCAAGAACAGAGAAUACUUUAUUGUUACGUAUGAAACUGAUGCCGAAGCUCUUCGUGCUUUGGUUCCAGAACCACUUGUCCCUAAUGAAAAUAGUCAUGUAUUGUAUGAAUGGAUUAACAUGCCAGACUCUUCUGGUUUCGGAUCUUAUUCCGAAUCAGGUAUUGUCAUUCCUUGCACUUAUAAUGGAGAAUCAGUUAAUCUUACUCUCCAAAUGUAUUUGGAUAUUGAACCACCAAUUGCUGCUGGUCGUGAAAUUUGGGGUUUUCCUAAAAAACAUGCUCACCCAUCCAUGAAAUGUAUUCAAGAUACAGUUGUUGGUGUUAUGAAAUAUAAGGGAGAAACUGUUGCUCAAGGUACAAUGGCUUACAAACACACUGAACUUGAUCAUGAUACUGUUUUGAAAUCAAUGGGAAAGACCAAUAUUAAUUUGAAGAUUAUUCCUGAUGUUGAUUUCAAGCCAAAGAUUGCCCAAAUUGUUUCAUAUAACUUGCAAGUUAAAAAGUUGCAUUUUGCCUUUGAAGGUCCAGCUAGAUUGCACUUGGUUGAAAAUGUUAAUGCACCAGUUGCUGAUUUGCCUGUCAAGAAGGUUAUUCAAGGUAAACACAUGAUGGCUGAUAUCUUGUUGCCAUACGGUAAUGUUUUGCAUGAUUAUCUCGAACCAACUGAAGAAAAUAAGGCUGUUUCUCAAAAAUUCCACCAAAUGUUUGUCCAACCAGGUCAAUACAGAUCAAUCUUUACCGAAAAGAAAAUUACAGAAGAGUCAUUGGCAAUGCCAGUAACAUGUCCAUCCUAUAAGCCAUCUGCUUCAAAGCUCCAAGACAGAGAAUACAUGGUUAUCAAAUAUGUAACAGAUAGAGAAUCUUUGUUGGAAAAGAUUCCAGAUCAACUCACUCCAAAUGAAGACAAUAUUGUAAUUCUUCAAUUCGUCAAUACUCAUGGUACUGGUAUUGGUAGUUAUUACAAGGUUGACUUGAUUGUUCCAUGUACUGAUAACGAAGGUAACUCUAUCCACUUUAACACUAUGAGUUUCUUGGAUUCUUCAUCUCCAAUUACAUAUGGUAGAGAAUGUCUUGGUUUACCUCAAAAGUUCUGUGAUGGUAUUACAUUCGCUCCAACUCAAGAUACUUUGAAGGGUACAUUGGAUUGCAAUGGUUGCAGAGUUGCAACUGGUACAAUGUCCUACAAGUAUGAAAGAAUGGCUUUCGAAGAUGUCGUUUCCUACUUGUCCACUCCUCAAUUAUUCUUAAAGCAUAUUCCUGACGUUCGUGGUGAUCCAGCUAUUGUUCAAUUGGUUAGAAUGGAACAUGCCAACCUAAAUGUAACUAGUGCCUAUAAGGGAGAUGCUAAGCUUGCACUCAUUCCUCACGUUAACGCUCCAAUUAGUGAUCUCCCUGUCAAGCAAGUUGUUGGUGCCUUUAACUUUAAGGUUGACAUGAUCAUGCCUGCUGGUCGUGUUCAUCAUGAUUACCUGCAACAUUAGAUUUGUAAAUACAGUAAACUAUUUAAAUUCCGAAUU